AUGUGGUUUUAUUCCGUGACUGAAGUGUGUGAUAUUUCUGCUGCUGACAGGGAAGGCCGCUCUAAUGCUCACAUUAAAGGAGAUUACCAAAGAAUCGGAGAUGUUAUGCUAAAGAACAUUCAGAGUAUGAAGCAACUGACAGUUCACCUGUGGAAGCACAAUGAGAUUUUAAUUGAACUGGAGAACGGAAUCAAGAACUCUCGCAAGCUGGAAACCUUUUGCAGGGAUUUUGAGCUACAGAAGGUCUGCUACUUGCCUCUCAAUACCUUCCUUCUCAGACCUUUACACAGGCUUAUGCACUACAAGCAGAUAAUGGAGAGGCUUUGCAAACACUACCCACCAAGCCACAUAGACUUCAGGGAUUCAAGAGCUGCUUUGGCUGAGAUUUCUGAGAUGGUGGCUCAGCUCCACGGCAAUAUGAUAAAGAUGGAGAACUUCCAGAAGCUGCAUGAACUCAAGAAAGACUUGAUAGGCAUAGACAAUCUGGUGAUCCCAGGAAGGGAGUUCAUUAGACUGGGCAGUCUUAGUAAGUUGUCUGGAAAAGGUUUACAGCAACGGAUGUUCUUUCUGUUUAACGAUAUCUUGUUGUACACAAGUAGAGGCCUGACAGCAUCAAAUCAGUUUAAAGUCCACGGACACCUUCCACUGUAUGCCAUGACAAUAGAAGAAAGUGAAGAGGAGUGGGGGGUUCCUCAUUGUCUAACACUACGAGGUCAACACCAGUCCAUCGUUGUUGCUGCAAGUACCCGCACCGAAAUGGACAAAUGGACUGAGGACAUUCAGAUGGCAAUAGACCUGGCAGAGAAAAGCAGCGGCCCUGCUCCAGAGUUACUGGCUAGCAGCCCACCUGACAAUAAGUCUCCUGAUGAAACUACUGUAGACCAGGAAUCUGAGGACGACCUCAGUGCAUCCCGCACCUCACUCGAACGUCAGUCACCACACCGUGGCAACACUACGGUGCACGUCUGCUGGCACAGAAAUACCAGUGUUUCAAUGAUCGACUUUAGUAUUGCUGUGGAGAACCAGCUGUCUGGAAAUCUCCUAAGAAAAUUCAAAAACAGCAACGGGUGGCAGAAGCUUUGGGUGGUGUUCACCAACUUCUGCAUGUUCUUCUAUAAAUCGCACCAGGACAAUCAUCCUUUAGCCAGCCUUCCUUUACUGGGAUAUUCACUUACCAUUCCUUCUGAAUCUGAAAACAUUCACAAAGAUUAUGUGUUCAAGCUACAUUUCAAAUCCCACGUGUACUACUUCAGGGCUGAAAGUGAAUACACGUUUGAAAGAUGGAUGGAAGUGAUCCGAAGUGCCACCAGCUCUGCCUCACGCACCCAAGCUCUGAGUCAUAAAGAGCCUCACGCCUAUUGACGGCUGAACAAGCUACCGUGUUGAUUGUCCAGCAGCUGCUGAUUUUCUAGAGGACAUUUGAAACUCUUUUCUCCCUCCAAGUUUAGUAAAACUUACGAUUUGGUAAAAGAAAAGAAAAAAAAAUAAGUAUGGUUUUGCAGAAAGUUUCACAAUUCCUCAGCAAAACUGUUUAAGUUCUCCAUAUGUUCAGACUACCUUACCAUCGUCCCAGUGGCUGCGUUCGUUUCAUGUCUUGUAUUUUGUCAUUCUGUGCUGUUUUUAGCUUGUGCCAGUAUUAAAAUAUUGUCCUUAUUAGAGUGCCAAAUGCCAAAAGAUAUUUUGUUGCCUCAAAGAUUGCACCUAAAAAAAAAAAAAACUGACUUCACAAUCUGAACUUUCUCCUCUGAGGCAAACACUAUUUCUUAUCUUUUCAUUAAAAUAUGUUAUUUUUUUUUUACCAUGUUAAUCUGUAGACUGCUGGAUUUUUAAAUGUAGAUGGACUUUCACAGUAUAGAAUAUAAUUAUAUAUACAGCAAGCAGUCUAACAGGAAUGAGGUAACUUUCAGAUUCCAUUUUUUUUCCCCAGUCUUUCUACAUUUAAUCAGCAAGGAAUUACUUAUUUUCUGUCUUUAACAAGGAAACAGUUUACAGCUCGCUCUCAUUUCCCUUUGGGGUUACAAAUCCAUGUGGUAUAAAUAAAGUAUAGGGUUCUUAUCUAACCAUUUUCUUGGUGCAAGUUGACCAAAUUGUUCAUCUGUUGGCUUUGAAAAGUGAAUACUACUUGCCAGAUGAAAAGGUUUUAAAAUAAUCCAGUGCAAUAUUAUUUGGGCUGUAAUGUACUGUGAAUGGUAUGUACAAGAAGAAAUUAAAGGCUGUGGUGAC